AUGUGAAAGUUUUUCGUCGCAAGUUCGAUAUUAUGAAACGUCAUGAGUUUGUGUGGGAGCCUUACCCAUCAACCGUUAUGUCAUUCUUGCCUCCCGUUUGUUUAGUCGGAAGUCUCGCGUGGUACGCGGUGGUGCCACUAAUUUGUUUCCAAGUUAUUGAGUGGCACCAACCGGACAGAGUCUUGAGACAAUUUGGGAUGCAACAACCAGUUCCAGAGUCUCCUUCACAACCCCUAAACAUUCAUGGCAUAACAUUAAAGGGGAAACAUGACGAAAAUUGGGGGCAAUUGUUCGCCCCAAUGAUUCAGCAGUGGAAUAAUCGGCAUGCAUUUAGGGUCGACGCUUAUCCCCGACAAGAAGGCCUAUUGAGUUUUAACUCGGACUACAUGGUCUGGUAUAGGCGAAAGACAAAGAUGUUUGUUGACCCAGAAAAUGCAAAGACGGCUACAUUGGGUGAAGUUGCAGAGGCAUUACAAUACAUGGUGUCUCCUCAAGGGAGGAAAACAUGCACAUUUGAUGAUCUCGUGCCUUAUGUGGAAAAAAUUACAAUUUUAUCCGAAGAGCAAGAGAGAGUCACUGAGCCAGUGUCACAUGGUCCCGCAUCAGAGCGUCAAUUUCCCGCACAACAGUUUCACAUGCUUCAGUCAAGUAUUGAAACUCAGGGGAUAGACAGAAGAAGGGACACUGUUGAAGCGGAAGAAUAUUCCCAACAAAUGGCGGAGCGUGGCCAUGGAAUGUAUUACACGCCACAAACAUUUGCUGAGUAUCCGACACAGAUGUAUCAGUAUCCUUUUCAGGGUCAUGACACUGAUACUUCUGCAACCCAGCAAUCGUUCGGUGGUUUUGUGGAAACACAAGCUCAAUUUUCAUGGCCCACAAUGACCCCUUCACAGCAAUAUCAUGGGCCAAUUCCAACACCUAAUGCCCCGUUAGGAACACAAUGGAAUGUACCGGGACAAAUACCUAAUACAGGUGACUUAUUCGGUGUUGAUUUGCGUAACGCAUUUUCUGCGGAGGCUGACGAAGAAGAAGCGAGGAGUAUCUUCAAAUAUCACGUGAAGAUAGCUGGUUUUGUGCAGAGCCUAUCCCGCCUUUCGAGUUGGCGGGAUCCUCUCUCCCCUGCAUCUCUCCUAUCCCGCCAUCUCCAAGGGCGGGACACUUCUCUCUCUCCUGUUUUACCCCAUCCCGCCAUUGCUGCUGGCGGCACCCCUCCCCCUCUCUCCUAG